UAGUGGCGUCACUGCCACCGCUGCGCUUCAACAUCGCUCAGUCACAGUCGCGCCUGCGCAUCGCCACCACUGCCGCCCCUGUCUCCGCGGCAGACCUCGAGAGGGAGUGGCUGGACAGCCACCACUCGCACCAGCACCAGCACUCGCACCACGGUGUUUCUCACCGAAUCUCUGAAACGCUGCACCACCUGCUGCCACUGCACCUGCCCACGAGCCACUCUGCCGCCAACAACGCCAACACCACGCCAGCGCACACACAGCAGCACACCCCCUCCAGUGCACAGACCAGUCACACAGAGCACCGUGUGGGGGGGUCAUACCAUGGUGGCGGCGGGGGUGGGGGGUCGAUGCGGGGCGGUUCCCACCACGGCUCGUCCCACCACGGGGGCUUUUUCCGCUCCAUCCUGCCUCUCAGGUCCCCCUCUGCUGCCUCUGCCAGCGGCGGUUUUGGCCGCAGCGGCAGCGGCAGCGGCGGCGGUGGUGGCGGUGGCGGCAAGCUUGUCACACAGAGCUCUGGCGCUGGAGGUGCUGCUGCUGAGAGCCCACGGCAAGCCAUUGAUGAAGGCUCUGGUGCUGGUGGUGGUGGUGGUGUGGAGGGGUCGCAAGGCAGUGCCUCGGGCCGGGGAGCGCGGGUGAGCUUUGACGUGGGGGCUGAGCAAAGCGCAGAUGCACGCAUGCGGCGCCUGAGUGUGGACGUCACUCCAGGCAGCUCCCUGCGCGGCGGCAUGGCGGGCGGGGUGACGUUUGGGGCCUGGCCUGGAGGUAUGGGCAGCACUGCUGCCAUGGCACUGAGUGGUUCGGUAGGCAGUGCGGCGCGAAGCAGGGCGGUGAUAGGGGUAGAUGUCUUUGAUGGUAGUGUUGAGGGUGGUGCCGCGCGCUUGGGGGUUUCUCCUGGGGCUCUGCCUAAGGUGGAGGAGGUAGGGGUGCAGUCUCUGCGGGAAGAGAAGGGGGGUGAAGGUGCGGGGAAGGGCCAGGCAGGUGAGGGUGAGGAGGGGGACGGUGUGUUGACAGAAGCAGUGCGCGGUGGGGAGAGGAAGGUGAAGGGAGGAGGGGAGAUUCUUCGGCUGUUGAAGGAGACGUGA